AUGGAUGGCGAGAAUCGUAUCAUUUUGAACGUCGGCGGUAUUCGUUACGAAACCUAUAAGGCUACGCUCAAAAAGAUUCCCGCUACUAGGCUUUCCAGGCUUACUGAGGCUCUCGCUAACUACGAUCCGAUCCUCAACGAGUAUUUCUUCGACAGGCAUCCAGGAGUUUUUGCGCAGAUUUUGAAUUACUAUAGUUUAAAACGGAAAACCAAAAACGAAAAACGAAAAAUGGAAAACGGAAAACGGAAAACGGAAAACGGAAAACGGAAAACGGAAAACGGAAAACGGAAAACGGAAAACGGAAAACGGAAAACGGAAAACGGAAAACGGAAAACGGAAAACGGAAAACGGAAAACGGAAAACGGAAAACGGAAAACGGAAAACGGAAAACGGAAAACGGAAAACGGAAAACGGAAAACGGAAAACGGAAAACGGAAAACGGAAAACGGAAAACGGAAAACGGAAAACGGAAAACGGAAAACGGAAAACGGAAAACGGAAAACGGAAAACGGAAAACGGAAAACGGAAAACGGAAAACGGAAAACGGAAAACGGAAAACGGAAAACGGAAAACGUAAAACGUAAAACGUAA